AGCAGGAGCAGGAGCAGGGGAAGGCGGCUCCUGCAGCCCGCGCCGCUCCUAUGUGAAGGGCGCGGGGCGGCCGCAGCCAUGAGCUCGGCCGAGCAGACCGUAACGUGGCUCAUCACCCUGGGCGUGCUGGAGUCGCCCAAGAAGAGCAUCGCGGACCCCGAGGGCUUUCUGCAGGCGUCGCUCAAGGACGGCGUGGUGCUGUGUCGCCUGCUCGACCGCCUGCUGCCCGGCACCAUCGACCGGGUGUACCCGGAGCCGCGCACCGAGACCGAGUGUCUGAGCAACAUCCGCGAGUUCCUGCGGGGCUGCGGCGCCUCCCUCCGCCUCGAGACUUUUGAUGCAAAUGACCUGUAUCAAGGGCAGAACUUCAACAAGGUUCUCAGCUCCUUGGUUGCUUUAAAUAAGGUAACUGCAGACAUUGGGCUAGGAAGUGAUUCCGUAUGUGCACGACCCUCAUCUCAUCGGAUAAAAUCCUUUGACUCCCUUGGAUCCCAGUCUUUACACAGUAGAACUUCAAAACUCUUUCAGGGACAGUAUCGAAGUUUGGACAUGACAGAUAACAGCAACCAUCAACUGGUGGUGAGAGCAAAAUUUAAUUUUCAACAGACAAAUGAAGAUGAACUUUCAUUUUCAAAAGGAGAUAUUAUUCAUGUUACAAGAGUAGAAGAAGGAGGCUGGUGGGAAGGGACUCACAGUGGCAAAACAGGAUGGUUUCCAAGUAACUAUGUACGAGAAAUAAAGUCAAAUGAAAAACCAGUCUCCCCCAAAUCAGGAACACUAAAGAGUCCUCCCAAAGGUUUUGAUACGUCUGCAAUUAGCAAAAGCUAUUACAAUGUGGUACUACAAAAUAUUUUAGAAACAGAAAACGAAUAUGCUAAGGAACUACAGACAAUGCUUUCAAACUACCUGCGACCAUUACAAGCCAGUGAAAAGUUAAAUUCUAUAAAUACUUUGUAUUUAAUGGGAAACCUGGAGGAAAUCAGUUCUUUCCAGCAAAUGCUUGUACAGUCUUUAGAAGAGUGCACCAAGCUGCCUGAAGCUCAGCAGAGAGUUGGAGGAUGUUUUCUCAGUCUCAUGCCACAAAUGAAAAGCUUGUACCUUGCAUACUGUGCCAACCAUCCAUCAGCAGUAAACGUUCUCACAGAACACAGUGAAGAACUAGGGGAAUUCAUGGAGAUGAAAGGUGCCAACAGCCCUGGGAUCCUUGUUUUGACCACAGGCCUCAGCAAACCUUUUAUGCGUCUGGAUAAAUACCCCACGUUACUCAAAGAACUUGAAAGGCACAUGGAGGAUUAUCAUCCAGAUCGACCAGAUAUUCAGAAGUCCAUGACUGCCUUCAAAAAUCUUUCUGCACAAUGUCAAGAAGUACGGAAAAGAAAAGAACUUGAACUCCAGAUACUGACAGAAGCUAUCCGCUGCUGGGAGGGAGAGGACAUCAAAACACUGGGCAAUGUAAUUUAUAUGUCCCAGGUCAUGAUUCAGUGUGCUGGAAGUGAGGAGAAGAAUGAAAGAUAUCUUCUUCUAUUCCCUAAUAUUUUGCUCAUGUUGUCUGCCAGCCCAAGGAUGAGUGGAUUUAUCUAUCAGGGAAAGCUGCCAAUGACCGGAAUGACCAUCACAAAGUUAGAAGACAGUGAAAAUCACAAAAAUGCAUUUGAAAUAUCAGGAAAUAUGAUUGAACGGAUAUUAGUAUCAUGUAACAACCAACAAGAUUUGCAUGAAUGGGUGGAUCAUCUGCAAAAGCAAACCAAAGUUACAACUGUUGGGAAUCCCACUAUUAAACCUCAUUCUGUGCCGUCUCACACACUUCCCUCCCAUCCAGUAACACCAUCCAGCAAACACGCAGACAGCAAACCGAUACCGCUGACCCCUGCUUACCACACGCUUCCACAUCUUUCGCAUCAUGGGACUCCACAUACUACUAUAAACUGGGGACCCCUGGAGCCUCCUAAAACUCCCAAACCUUGGAGCUUGAGCUGUUUACGACCUGCACCUCCGUUACGGCCGUCAGCAGCUCUCUGUUAUAAAGAGGAUCUCAGUAAAAGUCCUAAAACCAUGAAAAAACUGCUUCCCAAGCGCAAGCCUGAACGUAAGCCAUCAGAUGAAGAGUUUGCACUGAGAAAAAGUACAGCUGCGCUAGAAGAAGAUGCUCAAAUUCUAAAGGUCAUUGAAGCUUACUGUACAAGUGCCAAAACACGGCAAACAUUAAAUUCAACAUGGCAAGGCACUGACCUGAUGCAUAAUCACGUCUUGGCUGAUGAUGACCAAUCAAGUCUAGACUCCUUGGGUCGUCGCAGUAGUCUUUCUCGUUUGGAGCCUUCAGACCUCUCAGAAGACUCUGACUAUGACAGUAUAUGGACAGCCCAUAGUUACAGAAUGGGGUCUACAUCUCGUAAGAGCUGUUGCUCAUAUAUCUCUCACCAGAACUAAUGCACUUCUGAGCUUUUCUUAACAAAUGCUUGUUGUAUCACAGCCUGCUUUUCUUAGAUGUUUUCUUGCUGUUCCUUGUCUCUUAAUGUGAUAUUUUAACAACUUUUGAGGGGGUUUCUGAUAUUUCAAUUGUACCUGAUGGGAGGUUUUAUUGCCAAUUUAAUACACAUACAAAUAGUCAUUCUACAGACAGAGUGUAUAUCCUAUUAAGGAUAUUAUUUCUUUAGGGUUUUUUAAGUGACAGCUGUUGGUCUGUAGCUCUGAAUGGUCUGUUUUUUGACUUGGUCAGUGUAGCAACAAGUUUAUUUCUUUUUUUUCUUUUUGGAAACAGCGCGUUUUUGUAUUUUGUACUGAAACCAUACUGGUUUGUGAGCUAAGUGCCAGCAAUAUGGAAAUACUUUAGACUUAUAGUGGUCUAAUUUUCUAUGUAUUAUUAACACAAGGUAUAAAGCAGGGGGAACGAGAGAAAAAUAUUUAAAAUAUGCAGUACAAGAACUAUAAAAUCAUUUGGAUAUAUGAAUAUCUGGGAAAUCUGGAAGAGCAUUUGCUAAUCCAUGAAAUUUUGUUUUUGUAUUUCUGUCUUUUUUGUUUGUUUGUUUUCAUUGUUUAGAUAUUUUAUGGAAAAAAAUCGCACAUUUUCACAAGUUAAGCAGUUGUGUCUUGGAAGACCUGGAAGUGUAUGCCUGUUAAAUGUGACAUGUUUGGGUAGUUUCACUUUAUCAGCAGUUAUGCUGUCACUUUCCUGUAUGCAAUAGUGUGGAAAACACCAGGUUUUAGAUGCUGAUUUGGCUGUUAAAAUGCACACAGUUGUUAGCAAAUCAUUCAUCAUUCUUUUUCAAACCAAUAAAAUUCCAGGUAAAAUCAAACUAUUUGUAAGGGUUCCCAUUAAAAAAGCUUGUGUGUUCAGCAUCUGGAACUGUAGGUAUAAUUGCGGUUAAAUUGGCUUGUUGGAAAUAGAAUACUUGGCUUUUGGUUUUCACAGUUUGGAUGUCUGUGACAUUUUAUGGUGUUUUGUAAUUUCUCUCAUAAGCACAUUUAUUUUCAGCAGCCAGCUCUUCAUUCAGAGUAAUAUUAGAUUUGCAGAAAACUGGAUGUGAUGCAUUAUAUGAAGUUGAAGGUUUUGAAUCUGCACCUGUGACAUCACUGGGGGAACGUGUGUGUUCUGUAUUGAAAUUAACAGAACUGGAAUUGAAAUACUUGUUUUCUAAAUCCUUCCUAACAUUAGCAUUGGGGGGGAAAAAAAGCAUUUCCCUAAAAAAGGUCAGUAAUUUUACUUGCUUUCCUUAGGACUCCAGGGUGCUGUGGUUUUUUUCCUUCAAAUCGUACAGUGCUCAGUGUUCCAGUAUCACUGCAUGAACAAUUAAGAUAAGUGUGGUACAGUUGUUGCUGUCUGGGAAUAUGACUGAAUUGAUUCCAAGUCCUGAGGCAAUAAGACAGUUUUGCAGGUGGCUUAAGCAGAAAAGUAAACUUGAAUAUUUAAUGGUUUAAACAUGAACAAGCCCAGAAGGAUGUCAGAGUGGAGAAAUUGUAUUAGUUCUUCACAUUGGUAACUUAACUUUCUGUUCUAAAGUGUUUGCUAAUCUACUCGUAUUCUAUCACUAUUGAUGGAUUGGAAAACUAGCUAAUGAAAGUUAAAAUGCCUGUCAGGAUGAUUUUUAAAUGCACUAUCAUACAAGUGUUAGAUUGACCCUCCUGGUGUCCAGGUAUAUGUAUGUGUUGCGCUUAAUUUUAUCUAAAAGAAAAUUGCUGAUGGGUAUCCAGUAUGUGGCGUAUGUACUCUAUGCUGUCAGACAGCUGAGCAUCUGUAAAGCCCACUUAGCUUUCAUUUUUACUUUAAAAACACAAAGUAUUCGCUUUCUACUUACGCAGAAAGUGUGGGUCAUUUUUCCUGUUGUUUUUAAAGCAAUAGUGUUCCAGUUAACUACUGUUUUUUGCAUUGGUUAAAUGCCUAUUCACUUACAUAAUACAGCUGUUACAUAUAUUAUGUACUGUAAAUAUGAGUUUGAAAAACAGUUGCUGCACUUGAACUUUCCUUUAUCACACAGAAUGUUUUUGUUACCCAGGUCUGAAGAUUUUAUUGACUUUCUAUGCACCAAAGCUUUGACAGUUUACCACCAUUAAUUCUUGUAGCAGGUAAAUCAUAUAAUCAGAAUGAUGUUAUGUUAUGAUGUUUUUGAAUGCUAACAUCACUACAGAAUUAAAAAUCAUUCAGUGUUUUCAAUGUUACAGGCCAACUAACUGUUGUGAAUUGAUCAAAAGUAUUAAUACAACAAGCUUAAAAAAUGCCAGUGUGAAAAUGGUGGUAUUCAGUCCAAAGGUUCAGUGUUUCUAUUUUUGUGGAACUUUAGUCAUGGUAAUAAUAUAGUACCUUAUGUUUAUGCAAUUCUGUUUAAAAAAAA